AUGUCGGCCACCGACACAUCGUCUACCAGCAGGCUGGCAGCCUACCUGGCCAAGCUCAACCCCGUGCCCGCCUUCCCCGAGUACACCGGCCCUUACAAGGUCGGCACCAUGGACGUCGAGAUUCCCGUUGGCGAUCUGCCCUCGCCCAGCCCGGCGCCCGCCAACGCCGCCGACAUCGAGACAGUCCAGUACCGCGUCUUCUACCCUGCCGUCGCUGCCUCGACCGAGAAGCCCAUCAGCUGGCUGCCCGCGCCUCAGCGAAACCACGUCUCUGCCUACACGCAGUUUGUCGGCAUCAACCAGAUGCUGGCUGGCAUGCUCUCCUUCCUUCCACGACAUCUCCAUUAUGCCACGAUUCCUGUUCAUAAAAACGCCAAGCUACUGCCCGCGACAACCAACGAUCAGCGAUGGCCGACCAUGAUAUUCUCCCACGGCCUCGGCGGCAAUCGCACUUCCUACUCAUACAUCGCUGGCUCCCUCGCCUCGCACGGCGUCGUCGUCUUUUGCCCCGAGCACCGCGACGGCAGCGCCGUCGUCACCUACAUCCGCCUCAAGGACCAGAUGAACCGCUUCUUCACCGCCAACACCCGCCGCGAGAUUCCCUACAACCGCAUCUCCCAUGUCGUCUCCCCCGAGGUCUACGAGGCGCGAGAGGAUCAGCUGCGCAUCCGUCUCUGGGAGAUGGGUCUGGUCCAUGAGGCCGUCCAGGCUAUGGACUCUGGCGACACCUUUACCAACCUCAAUCUAUCGACGCCCAGCCUCGAUCAAUUCACCAAUGCCCUCGACGUCAAGCGCCCCGGCAGCAUCAUAUUUGCCGGCCACUCCUUUGGCGCCGCCACCGUCUACCAGCUUCUCAAGAGCACCUACUACGCCGAUGUCCCCGAGGUCGCUGCCAUUGAGAAGCCCCUCUUUACGCCCAGCAAGGACAGCAGCAUCCGCAAACAAGUCACCGAGAAGAACGUCACCAUGCUGCUCGAUAUGUGGUGCCUGCCGCUCCUCGCCCCCAACUCGGCGCCUCUCUACAACCUCCCGCUUCCCGUCUACGCCGACGUCUCGUCCGCCCCCGGCGGCACCGCCCUGCUCGCCGUCGAGUCUGAAGCCUUUUUCAAAUGGAAGGAACAUCUCAACGUCAAGGCGCGUCUGCUGUCCCCCGACCCCACUACCAAAAUCGUCAGCCCUCAGACCUUUGAAACCGAAAGCGGCAUGAAGCAUCUCGAGCCCAACUUCUUCUACGUCGUCAACUCGGCCCACCUCAGCCAGUCCGACUUUGGCAUCCUCUUCCCCUACCUCACCAAGAAGAUCUUUGACGCCGAGCAGCCCGAGCGCGCGCUGCGCCUCAACCUGCGCGCCCAGCUGCAGCUCUUCCGCGCCAACGGCAUCCCCGUCGCGCGCACUUACAGCGGCGACCUGAUCGACGGCUCCCAUAUUGAAAAGCUCGAGACGAAGAAGAAGGACCCGGCGGAAGUUCACCCCUCCGAUGGCAUCGCCGACGACAAGGCCAUCUUUGACCGCAGCGGCAGCGACGUUGUCGAUAACUGGUCCUGGGUCGACGUCAUCGGCCUCGGCGACGCCGGUGAAGCAGAGACGGGCAAGUCGACUGACGAGCAGGUCGAGGAUGGCGAGGAGGUCAUGAAGGGUGAGCUGGAGCCUAGCGAGCAGCCUCUGCCCGUUACCGUCAAGCCCGUUACGGUCGUCGAUGCUGCUGCUUAA